AUCGAUCUCCAGUCUCCAGUACUUCCCUUGUUCAAAGGCGUUGUAGGCUGAUUGACGUCUCUAAAUUGCUUGUGUGUGUCUAGUGUGUCUGUGAUUGUGCCCUCCAAUGGGUUGGCACUCUGUCGAGAACGUCCACUGCCUUGUGCCCUGAGCCCCUGGGAUAGACUCCAGGCUCCCUGCAAUCCUGUGUAGGAUAAGCAGUAUAGAAAAUGGAUGGAUAAAUAGACAAACAAACAGAUAAACAAAGAAAAAAAAAAUCAAACCAUCUGUUCCUCUUCCUGGGUUUCAGUCCAUUACACAUUUGAGAAUUUAUCUAGAUAUUGCCCAUUGUUUUCCAAUGAGGUUAGAACUACUUUGUAUGUUCAUAUAAAUAGCAGUUGCUAUAAAUAUGAUUUUCUGAUACCGUCAGUUAGAAUAAACUUCAGCCCUCCCAACUGUGUUUGAAAAACUGCUAUCACCCAAUCAGGGACCCCCUUUCACUCGAGUGUAUCAAUAUGUCACACGUUUUCUAUACCUCCUUCUUCCUCCACUUUCAAAACUCUCACUCAUGUUUGCAUGACUCAACCACCGAGCUGGUUUCAUCUUUCAGAAUGAUGAGCAAGCUGGACAGAGUGCUGCUGACUCAGAGGAAGUUUAUUUACCACUAUAAGAACGUACGCUGGGCACGUGGGAGAAACGAGACCUACCUCUGUUUUGUGGUUAAGAAACGCAACAGUCCUGAUUCGCUCUCCUUUGACUUCGGACACCUGCGCAAUCGCUCUGGCUGCCACGUGGAGCUUCUCUUCCUGAGCUAUCUUGGGGUACUGUGCCCGGGUUUCUUGGGUUCCGGUGUGGAUGGCAUCAGGGCAGCAUAUGCCAUCACCUGGUUCUGUUCCUGGUCACCCUGUUCAAACUGUGCCCAUCGCCUUUCUCGCUUCAUGUCUCAGAUGCCCAACCUGCGGCUGCGCAUCUUUGUCUCACGCCUCUACUUCUGUGACGAGGAGGACAGUCAAGAGCGAGAGGGACUCCGGUGCUUGCAGAGAGCAGGUGUGCAAGUGUCUGUCAUGACCUACAAAGAUUAUUUCUACUGCUGGCAAACCUUCGUCGCUUGUAGAGAAAGGGGUUUUAAGGCUUGGGACGGCCUUCACCAGAACUCUAUCAGACUGUCCCGGAAACUACAGCGAAUCCUGCAGCCUAGUGAGUCUGAAGACCUGAGAGAUGGCUUUGCUCUGCUGGGCCUCUGACAUGACAUGACAGUUUACACGACAAAUGAUUUAUGGUGCUGUUAAACAAAAUUUCCUGAGACUUGAAUCACUGAAACAUUAAGCAUUUUUGUGUCCUAAAUAGCAUUAUUAAAAAAGGGGGGGCGCUGUGAACGUGCUA